AUGCCAUACGAAUGUGAACUUUGUGGGAAGAAGUUUCGUGAAUUGGGUCAUUUGCAGAGACAUUUAAAGAUGCAUAAAAGAGGAGCACCUUAUGAAUGUGAACAUUGUGGAAAGAAAUUCAGACUCAGUCAUGAUUUGAAAACACAUUUGAAGAUACACAGAGUAGAAAUGCCAUACAAAUGUGAUCAUUGCGAAAGAAAAUUUAGACACUUUACCCGUUUGACAACACAUUUAAUGUUACAUACAGGAGAAACACCAUAUGAAUGUGAUCAAUGUGAAAAGAAAUUCAAAGACAGUACCACUUUGAAGUCACAUGUAAGGACACAUACAGGAGAAAGACCUUAUGAGUGUGAACAUUGUUGA